AUGGCUGUUUUCUUCACUGUGGCUCUUAUGACUAUGGCUUGUCCUUUACUGGCAUUUGACAUGGGUCAGUCUACUCGUUGUGUUGCCAUUCCCCACAAGAUGCAUGUCUGCAAAGAUGUUGGAUACUCAGAGAUGCGUUUGCCAAACUUUUUGGGCCAUAGUAGCCUGGAAGGCGAGGUGGUGCCACAUUCAGAGGAUUGGAGGCCACUGUUGCAGACAGGCUGCCACCCUCAAGCACAAGCCUUCCUCUGCUCCCUCAUUGCCCCUGUUUGUCUUGACACUUUCAUCCAGCCCUGUCGUAGUCUGUGUGUGGCAGUAAGGGAAAGCUGUGCCCCAGUGCUUGCCUGCCAAGGACACUCAUGGCCUGAUGUUCUUGAUUGUGACCGUUUCCCUGCUGAGGAAGACAUGUGUCUUUCUCACCAUGGAAAACCUGGCAUCUUUUCUAAAGGGUUGCCUAAAUCUGCCUGUCAAAACUGUCCUUAUGUGGAAGAGGCUCCUGAAUCAAAAACAAUCUUGGAUUCUUUCUGCAGCCAUGAUUUUGCUGUUACUGCCAAACUUCACCGUCUUCGCCUACCCACAGGAGAGCCAGAAUUUGAAAUUGAGGGGCGGGUCGAGUUUAUCCGUCAGGGUCCUCUGUUGCCCUACGACACCCAGCAUCUGCUCCAGCAGUGGCUCCUUAUCAACGUUAGAUGUGCCCGUGCCCUUGUGCGUCCUGGGAGGUCACAGCUUUAUGUGCUGACUGGUUCUGUGCAGCAUGAUGGGACCCUUUCUCUGACUCGUGUCUUCCCUUGGCACAGAAAAGAUGCAAACAUUGCGGUGGCAUUUCGAAAAUGGAAGCACCACAGAUGUUGA